GAUGUGGUGGUCUUACCUGUUCGUGUGCAUCCUCCUCUUCUCGACUGCCCCCUCCUACUCGACGCCGCUGGGUUUCUACGCCAGCUCGAGGUACGGCAAGAGGACAGCAGUAGCCAGAAGGGAUCCAAGAAGUGGUAUAUUCUGGACAGGAAGUAGGUACAAUCGAAGAGGUUCAGACAUAUUAGGGAUGAAAUCGACAAGAAAAGGCUCGGACAAUUUCUUCAUGGGAAGCAGAUAUGGAAAAAGGACUGGUCAUGAAGAGAAUAAAACUACUUUCGACUUAGAUCUCUGCAAAUUCAACAAAUAUCUUUACCCCUGCAAAAGCAGCAGUAGGUAAAGCCGUCAACAAAAAAACACAAAAAAAAGCAACAUGUAUUAUAGGCCAUUAUUUACUUUCAUUUAUUAUUAAGAGCUUGUUAAUUUUUGAAUUUUGUUUUAAAAUAUAAAAACGAUAUUCUUUCAAAUUGAAGUAUAAUUGCUGCAAUAAAAUGUCUUCUUUUGUUU